AUGUAUGUGACAAGGCCUCUCUCCUUCUAUAAGAGAUCUGCAUCUGCAUUGUCCCUUCCCCCUCCAGAGGGGCCUCACUCUGGAUAUCUCCUCAUACAGGGCCAGGAUGGACAAGAUUACAACCGGUGCAGCUGCUUUGGGAUGCCCAGGGACACAAGGUACAAGUCUCUUCCACUGCCUCAGGACAGGGUGCUCACAGUUCGCCAUUUUGAACACAGAGGAGGGCAUGAAAUUGUAGUUCACACUGAUGAGACAAUCUUCAUCCCGGUUCCUGGUCAGCCCUUGUCAUCAAAUCUCUACUAUGUUGUUAGAGCAGAUGGUGAACGUAUGGGGCUUGUAAGCACCUGUUCCAGCGAGGAGGACGUAUGUUCAUGCCAAUGCAGAUGCAUAAAGGAUGUGGCUCCCCAACGCCUUGACUCCAGAAACAGGUACCAGAGAAUGAAGGUAACAAAUCGCUCCGGCAGCUUCGUGAUUGGAUCCGCUGCAUCAGACGGGAUUCCACCCCAGUUCCUGAGAAGAGCCGGAUGGGCCAUGUACAAAUCCGAACUCCUGCCGCCGUUUCCAAAGAUUCCCGAAGCACAAGGCCUCAAUGCUGCUCUAAGAUCAAAGCUGCCCAAAUUUGAUUUCGACGUAUCAAAGAAGCGGUCGGAACCGGUUGUUGUGGGAGAAUGGUACUGCCCAUUCAUAUUCAUAAGAGAAUUUGGUGGCUUGGACCACCCCAAGGCACAGAUGGAACAGAGCUUUCUGUACAGGAUGAGUCUUGAGCAACAGUGGGAAGAGAUCUUCAGUGUAGAAGCGGCCACAGACCAAGACCAAGCGGAGAGUGUGGCCGUGGGGACGGUGGUGGCAAGGGAAGAGGCGCUAAUUGGUGGUCGAGCAGAAAUUCAUGAGGAAUGGAAAGUGGAAGAUGGGAUGAUGGUGCUGAGAGCGAAGAACGUGAAGGAGGGGCUGGUUGGUGUUGGCUUGAGCGUGGAGAUUGCACAGAAAAUGGUGGAGGAUCAAAGGAAAGGUCCAAGUGAUGUUGUGGAUGUGAGGGUGGACAGGGUGUUUCAGUCAAGGAAGAAGCCAUGGAAGAGAUUUGGGUGCUACGUUUUGGUGGAGAGAUACGUGCUCAGAAGGAUGAAUGGGGAAGUGGUGCUCACCUACAGUUUCAGGCAUACAAAUCGUAUUCAGCCUAAGUGGGAGUAAUAUCAUCUACGGUUUAAUGAUACACCAAGCACCUAUUGAUUUAUUAUUAAAGGCUUUUGCGGUUCUUUCUCUCUACCGACAGAGUUGAAUACAAUGUUAUAAUUCCGUUCUGUACAACUUGUUUGGCGAUGUUGUAUUCAAACUAAGUUGAACUUUUUUUUUGCUGGUUGCUUUU